AUGCAAGGAGCGCAAAUCUUCGCUCCUGGGAUCGCAGCAGCUCCGUACAGCAUGAACCAGGGAGAUCUGCUGGCAGUCUACGCCGACACGACAGACGCGGUCCAACGAGGAGGCGUUACAGCUGGAAAGCAGCCGAAGGCGACUGAUGUUGUCAUUGACACCUCCAAGUCUGUUUUUCUUGGAAUUGGGCGAGCUUGCAUGAACAGGAAUGGAAUGUUCGGGAAAGAUCCAAGGGGGAUCGGGAUUGAGUCUUUCCCCGCUGCCUUCACGUCCCUGCUACUUGAGCCGAAGAGCGGCGAGCGAGUCCUCGACAUGUGCGCGGCGCCAGGAGGAAAAUCAACGCACAUCGCCCAGCUUAUGAAGGACAGAGGAGAAGUUGUCUCGUGCGAUCGGAGCUCAUCAAAGGUGGAGAAGAUUCAGCAGCUGGCAACGAGGUACAGCAAGUCUGCAUCGUCUCCAAACAUGCCUGAGCCUGACAAGGUCCUCCUCGAUCCUCCGUGCUCGGCUCUGGGGCUCAGACCUUCGCUGCGGGUAGCGAGCAACAGCGCCUGGAGCGCGUCCCGAUCCUCGAGGCUGCAGGCUGAUUCCCUCCACCAACUCCAGCUGUACCAGCGGCAGAUGAUCAGACAGGCUGUGAUGGCGCUGAAGCCUGGGGGUAGGCUCGUUUACUCGACGUGCACGCUGAACCCUCAAGAGAACGAGGGGAACGUGGCAUGGAUGUUGAGGAACUUCGACGUGCAGCUAGUUGAACAUCCUCUCGCUUCCCUCGGGCUGCAUGGCAUGAGCUGCCCGGGCCUCGAGGACGACGACGCCCGCAAGCUGUUUCGGUUCGUCCCUGGGACGCUGUUGCAGCUGCAACGGAUCGACACUAACGAGCUGGAAGACGUCGAUCUCUUUCCCGGCUUCUUCGCUGCUUGUCUACAGAAACUUCAGUGA